UUUUAUGUAAAGGAAACUUUAGACUGUAAAAAGCAUUUCAUUGAAAAAGUGAGUAAACUAAUUGCCUUCAACUUAAGUCAACUUAACAGUUCUAAGUUAAUUAGUAAAUUAAACUUAUCAUUUAAGGCAGUGGGUUUAAUCACUUUAAGCAAUCGCUUUUUACAGUGUGCAGUGUGAUUAUCCACAGAGUAUUGUUAAAAAUUAAUUAAUUGUGCACAAAAUACUGUGAAUUUUCACUACUGCAUUAGCUCACCAAAACACAAAGCUUGCAUGGCAUAAAAAAAACAGGGAUCCAGUCAGAGCGCAUUUAAGACACGCCCACACUUGGGAAUCCAGCCCUUUUCAUUGACUUUCUAAAGCGGGAAGCCUGCUUGUCAUUUCUGACUAAUAACAAAAACUGAAGCAUGUCUAAAAUCUGCCGUGCGCCAUGGUGUACAGCAAACAAGCUGAAAACCCAGACCUACAUAUUUAUAAGCUACUCAACUGUAAAAGCCAGCCUUUAAGGAAACCAAACUGGAUACUGGCGAUAAGGAAGAAGACUCUAAGAUGACUCGCUCAUUGAGAGAGUGGUUUAAAGAGUACAUGUCAGAGCGGCGCGGGCGAAAAAACCGCCUGGUCACCAAAGAUGGACGUUGCAACAUCGAGUUCGGCAACGUGAUGCACAGAAACCGCUUCGCCUACGUCCUCGACUUCUGGACCACCUUCGUGGAGACCCGAUGGCGGUUCAUCCUCUUGUAUUUUGUGGCGUCCUUCACCCUCAGCUGGUUCAUCUUCGGACUCAUCUGGUACUGGUUGGCAAGAAACAAUGGCGACCUGUUGUGGCAGAAUCCACCACCAGGUCAUAAACCAUGCGCUUUUAGCGUUAAUGAUAUGACUUAUGCCUUCCUUUUCUCACUGGAGACCCAGUCCACCAUUGGGUUUGGCAAUAUAUACGUCACUGACCAAUGUCCUGGAGGUGUGGCUUUGAUUGUAAUCCAGACUAUCAUAGGACUCUUCAUCAACAUCUUCUGGUGUGGUAUAGUCAUGACCAAAAUAUCCCUUCCAAAAAAGAGAGCCAAAACCAUCACCUUCAGUGAAUCUGCUGUCAUCUGCCCCAAAAAAGGCACUCUUUGCCUUCAAAUCCGUGUAGCCAACCUGCGCAAAACCUUAAUGAUCGGCAGUCAGAUUUACGGGAAGCUUCUGAGGACAACAGUCACGGGAGGUGAGACCGUCAUCCUGGACCAGGUCAGCAUUGACUUCAUGGUGGACGCCGGUAAAGACAAUCUGUUUUUCGUGUGUCCUUUAACCCUGUACCACAUCAUUGACAAAAGCAGUCCGUUCUUCAACAUGGCUGUGGACACGAUGCAUCAGCAGGACUUUGAGCUUGUGGUUUUCCUCGAUGGCAUGGCUGAAUCCACCAGCUCUGCCUGCCAGGUCAGGACUUCAUACAUCCCUCAGGAGAUCAUGUGGGGCUAUGACUUUCUCCCGAUCAUCUCCCGCAGCAAAGAGGGAAGGUACCGAGUGGACUUUUCCAACUUUGCUAAAGUGGUGCCUGUGCCAACCGCUCAUUGCACCCACUGCUACCACAAUGAGCCCGGAAACCAUCUCCAUCUCAAGGGCAUUGACAACAAGGGCUUUGAGGUGAUCGACAUUGAGCCGCCAAACGGCACCAAAAUGUAACGCUUUUUUGACUGACUGGUCAACAUCUUGCACUAGGCCGAAACCAUUGGACACUAAUGCCUUAUGUCUUUCAUUGUGUGUAUGAGAGGCGAGAGGAGUGUUUCAAUAUCUCGAAAUACCACUUGAGUGGGAACACUGCAGGAGUCCAUUUCUUUUAUCAAAUGCACUGCUUCACUCUUCGCAAAAACAAAGUUUUUUUUUUUGUUGUCUAUUUCACCUGACAGAAUUGAAAAGUGUGAAUUGUGGAGUGAAUUAUGGUUCUGUUCUUCUGUUUCGUACUGUAGACAUUGAUUUCGGAGUUUGAGUAUCCACUGGCAAUUAAUUAAUUUGAGAUUGACUUAAAAAGUUUUUUUUUUUUUUCUCAGAUUCCAGCCUGAGAUUCUGUGCUCUGAAUCACUCUGGGAUGUUGUUUCUUGUUACAUUUGUAGAUGAAUUGUAAAUUUGCAGAAGUGAAUGUGAAUUAUAUGUAAAUAUAAUUUGUACUUUAUUUGUACAUACAUUUUUUUUAUGAAAAUAAAAAAUGAAACGUAAUUUUUUUUUCAUUGUUAUGGCAUUAUAAAAACUCCAGCAGUCAACCAUUUUCCAGAUUUCACAGUUAAAAAUCACCACACGAGGGCGUAAAAGUAUAGAUGACAAACUCAGUUUGACAAAGUCUAGGAAUUAUAUACAGUUCUGGAAAAAAUAAAUAGCCCAUUUUUAAAUAAAUAUUGGU